GCAACCAAAUCAAAUCAAAGAGAAGACAAACACAAACUAACUAACUUACUUAUCCUUCUUACUCUUCCAUUUUAAUUCUUUAUUACAUAUCCCAUCGAUCCCAUCUCCCUCUACUUCUGCUCCAUCAAGUUUUAGCAGCAAUGGCUGCAUUGUUUCUUCUGCUUUCUCUCCUCUUCUUCUCUGCUUCUGCUGACACUCACAAUGUGAUAAAAGUGACAAAUAACCCUGCGGAUGAGCUGCUAGCUGUGCUCAACAGCAAUAGAACUGCACACAAAGGAUCAUCUCUCUAUAGUAAUCCAGGCCUAGCCUGCAUCGCUCUGCAGUAUAUAAAAGCAUACCAAGGAGAUUGUGGUGCCGUCGGAGGAUCAGAUGCCAAAAAACCUGCAGAAUCUGAAUUCGCUGAAACCUUUGCUCCGGCUUGUGGCGUAACAGUCUCAACUCUGACUCCAAUCACUGGUCGCUUACUUGCCUGUCAGUCCAAAUAUGUUGAUCCAGCUGAAGCAUUCUCCGGAAUUCUAAUGAAAAACAGCAGGAGCUUAGAAAUUUUGUAUGAUAAGAAUCACACAGAAGUGGGAGCUGCAGUUUCCGGAAGUGAUGGCGGGUCUCCGUUCUUUUGGUGCGUAUUGUUUAGCAACGGUAAGCGUAAUAAUAGCUUUGCAUUAGAGGACGGUGAGGCUAAGGUCACAAGACCAGGGUGCUUUAGUGGCGCUAAUGAUGAAUGUAGUGGCGCUAGUGAUUGGUCUCGGCCAGUUGGUCUUUGGCCCUAUAUCUCUGCUGCUUUAUUUGCAGCGGUAUACGCUUUUGGUUUAUAGUUUUAGUUUAUUGCUGAUUUGAUUUUAAACUAUUCUCCACUUGAUUUUU